ACCCGGCUGAGGUCCUUUCCGGCCAGCUCCCCAGCGGACUCGUAGUUUUGACCCAGCAUGGAAGGGCUGCAGCCUGGUGUGGGGCCGUUGCGGCGCGGGCGGGUCAGGCGCCGGCGCCAGCCGCAGCCACACAGCGGGUCGGUCUUGGCCUUGCCCUUGAGGCCCCGGAAGGUCCGAAGGCAGCUGAGGAGAAAUGGCGCGUCCCGUGUGGCUGCACUGAGGGCUCGGGCCCCGCCGAGCGAGGAUCCCGAGGACGCUAGAGUAGAGCCGUCGGCCGACGGUGCGGAGGCCGCGCUCCCCGGCGGGCCGGCGACUGCCGCGGGCCGGGACGCGGGCCAGCGGGAGCCGCGUGGCCUCCAGGGGUCGGCGGAGCUGCCGGAGGCCUCGCCCGCCGCGCGCUCCGUGCAGACCCAGGCCGCGCGCCUGGGGCUGGCUUCGGCCGACCCCGCGGCCCUCCGCGGCGCUGCUCAGCACUUGGCGGCCGGUGCUCCUCCCGGGACGCUGCCGGGCCCGCAGCUGGGCCCGCAGCUGGAUGAGGCGGGUAAGGAGCUUCCCCGGCACACUCCUCUGCAGCGCAUCUUCUCGGAGCUGAACCGCACCCCCAGUAGCCGGCGGCGGGCCGCGCGCCUUUUCGAGUGGCUCAUCGCUCCCGUGCCGACCGACCAUUUCUACAGGCGCCUUUGGGAGCGCGAGGCGGUGCUGGUGCGGCGACAGGAUCACGCCUACUACCAGGGCCUUUUCUCCACAGCCGAGCUAGACUCCAUACUGCGCCACGAGGAGGUGCAGUUCGGGCAGCACCUGGACGCCGCGCGCUACAUCAACGGGCGACGCGAGACCCUGAACCCCCCGGGCCGCGCCCUGCCCGCCGCCGCGUGGUCUCUGUACCAGGCCGGCUGUUCCUUGCGCCUUCUCUGCCCGCAAGCUUUCUCUACCAUCGUGUGGCAGUUUUUGGCGGUGCUCCAGGAGCAGUUUGGAAGCAUGGCAGGCUCUAAUGUUUACCUCACGCCCCCCAACUCGCAGGGCUUUGCCCCUCACUACGAUGACAUCGAAGCUUUUGUGCUGCAGCUGGAAGGUAGGAAACUCUGGCGGGUCUACCGACCUCGUGUUCCAACUGAAGAACUGGCCUUGACAUCUAGCCCCAACUUCAGGCAGGAAGACCUUGGUGAGCCAGUGCUUCAGACUGUGCUGGAACCCGGAGAUUUGCUCUAUUUUCCGCGGGGUUUCAUUCAUCAAGCAGAAUGCCAGGAUGGGGUUCACUCCCUGCACCUCACUCUGUCCACAUACCAGCGCAAUACCUGGGGUGACUUCCUGGAAGCCAUCCUACCUCUGGCAAUUCAGGCUGCCAUGGAAGAAAAUGUGGAAUUUCGGAGGGGUCUGCCUCGAGACUUCAUGGAUUACAUGGGGGCCCAGCAUUCAGAUUCAAAAGAUCCUCGAAGAACUGCUUUCAUGGAAAAGGUGCGGGUCUUGGUUGCCCGCUUGGGACAUUUUGCUCCAGUCGAUGCUGUGGCUGACCAGCGAGCCAAAGACUUCAUCCACGAUUCUCUGCCCCCGGUGUUGACUGAUAGGGAGAGGGCACUAAGUGUUUAUGGGCUCCCAAUUCGCUGGGAGGCUGGAGAACCUGUAAAUGUGGGGGCUCACUUGACAACAGAAACAGAAGUCCACAUGCUGCAGGAUGGCAUAGCUCGGCUGGUGGGUGAAGGAGGCCAUUUGUUCCUCUACUACACGGUGGAAAACUCUCGUGUUUAUCAUCUGGAGGAACCUAAGUGCUUGGAAAUAUACCCCCAGCAAGCUGAUGCCAUGGAACUCUUGCUUCGCUCCUAUCCAGAAUUUGUAAGAGUAGGAGAUCUGCCCUGUGACAGUGUGGAAGACCAGCUUUCCUUAGCAACUAUGUUGUAUGAUAAGGGGCUGCUGAUCACCAAGAUGCCUCUCUAAACUAUUUUCUUGUUGAUGGUUGAAAGAUUGCUGAAUGGAUUCUCUACUGCCAUGGUUACCUUUUUU